AUGAACGUCUUAUCAGCUGAAAGGUUAGUACGAUUGGCAUACAAGUACCCCGCAUUGCUGAACACAUGGUACUUGAUCGCAACAGCUUGUUUAACCGUUGUUAAUCAGCCCCAAGAGAUUCCCAAACUUUAUCACUUUGCGCUACGCCAGCAGCUAUUGGUAAAUCCAACCUCAAAGGAGGCAUCAUCGACAAGUCUUUUGACGGAACCAAGCUUGAUCAAGUUGGCCCAGGAUUCAAUCAACUCCGCCAAGCAGUUUCAAGACAUGUCUGCUGUGGGUGUUAAUCUCCCUGAUGUUUUGAUUCCACACUCAUACUACAAGGAGUUCCCCUUGCAGUUCAAAUACUCAAAGCAUGUGGAUAUCAUUGCCAUGCAAGACCAGCUCACUGCAAGAUUUAGAGAGGUGAUUUUGAAAAGUAUCGCAUUGAGUGGAUUGCCCAAAGCUAUUAACGCAUUGAUGAUACUCAAGACAGUCACUCCCACUAACUUGAAAAGCGGACUUACUCCCGAGCGUCCUAGGAUUGUGAGCCCUGGUCAUAUCCCCUCAGCAUCAAUAGUCAGUGAGGAUGUGUAUGGAACCAAAUUUGAUAAAGAGGACGAUACAGUGGACACCAUAGAUGGUCCAAUAAGUGAGCUGUCGAUUCACCCCCAACAGAUUGCAUCCGAUUUGGUGCGAGGAUCUGAAUUCUGGAGUCGCGUCUACUCCAAGAUCAGCAACAGGGUCAAGAAUCAAAUGUUGACAGCGUACCCGGAUUUGUGGUAUCAUGCUUUCCACCAUGUCUAUGCACCUUUGUUGAGUUACACAAAGAUAAUUUCAGGGAAAGAGACUUCAUUGUGUGUUGUUGCAUGCUUGAUCCCACAAGAUGUCAACCCUCAAUUGAAGGGCCAUUUGAGAGGUGCGUUGAAUAAUGGUGCCACAAAGGAGGAAUUGGAUAAUGUCAGGUCAAUGGUGUUUGAUAUUUGCGAUUGGACAGGAGGAAUCCAAUGGAAAGGAGGAAAAGAAUCCGUAGCGAAGUUGUAA